CGACGCUUUUCCACGUCGCGCCCAACGGUUGAGGCAGGGGUGGCUGCGCGCGCUUGUGUAAAGGCCGGGAAAAAAUGGCGGCGCCCGUCUUGCGAGUGUCCACUCCUCGCUGGGAGAGGAUAGUGCGGCUGCUCGUGUGUCUCUCAGGAAUACUUUUAUCCCUGUACGCUUUCCAUGUGGAGAGGGAAAAGACCCGCGACGCUAACUACCGCGCCAUGUGCGAUCUGAGCAGCUCCAUCAGCUGCUCCAAAGUCUUCACGUCCAGAUGGGGUCGAGGAUUUGGACUUUUAGGAACCAUUUUUGGGAACGACAGUGCAGUAAACCAGCCAAACAGUGUCUAUGGAAUCUUGUUUUAUAUCUUUCAGCUGUUACUAGGUUUGACGGCCAGUGCGAUGGCGGCUCUGAUUCUCAUGACCACCUCCAUCGCGUCAGUGAUGGGCUCCCUCUAUCUGUGCUACAUCCUCUACUUCGUCCUUAAGGACUUCUGCCUCAUCUGUAUCACCACAUACGCACUGAACUUCAUCCUGUUUGUGCUCAACUACAAGCGACUGGUUUACUUGAACGAGGCCUGGAAGCAGCAGCUCCAAGCCAAGCGGGACUAGACACACAAAAACACAACAACAGCAAAAGUAGAGAAGGAUAACCAAUCAUCCAACACGUGGGGAAAAUGUGACCUCUGAAAAAUUUGUGACUUGCCACCAGGAGAAAAAUGUUCAUUCUGUUGUAUGUGUGUGUGUAAAACAAAACAAAAAAUUAAACAAGGAAAGAAAACAUGUAUCUUUAGGGGCCACAGAUCACAGGUUUAUUGCAUUGCAGAGACGGAUUGGAAACAAGAAUCAAAUCUUUAUCCGCUUUGAUUUCUCGUUGGUUUUCUUUGUUCUCUGAGAUGAAAAUGAGGUUUGUGCUUUGAUCGUGAGAGAGAGAGCGGUCAGAAAGCACUUAGGAGACAAACAGAAGAGGGUGUCCUUUCCCUGAGGAAUAAAAUAAUGGAGAAAACAAUGUGAGAAAUUCAGUUUACUUGAAUCCACUGGGAAAGUGGUUGCUCUUUGGGAGCAGCUGAUUCCAGCGGGACUGUAUUUAAGGGUUAUAAAGGGUAAACACGAAUGAUCAUGAGGCUAAUGUACCACUCGCAGAGAUGAUUCCACAAAAACAACGGAUUGCUAUUGAAAAUAAAGUGUCAUUUAAUUUUCUUUUUUUUUUUAUGUUUACAGAUUUAUUUUUUAAUUAUGGUUUUGGAAGAGGACCACUCAUAAAACAUGGAAGAAUGUGAGCUGUAUGUGUGUAGAUCAGAUUUGUCUGUGACUACUUUUUUUUUUAUUGGUUUGUUUUGCAGUUCUGUAAAUAGCUGAAGCAAAGCAAUAUUCCAGACUAGUUUGUGUUUUACUGUUGAAACAUUAAAAAGUCCCAAUCUACGGCAAGUCCGUCA